AUGCUACCAUCGGAGAUACUCGACCACAUUUGCUGCUACUUAGAUCUGGAGGCUCUCGUUUCCCUUACUCAAACCAGUCGAGAGCUGCUGGAAUUGAUUUUUGAAACAACUUACCGUGACGUGCUUCUGAGAUAUUGCCCCUUCUAUGAUCUCGACUACAGCCAAUGGGACAGCUGGAAGGCUAGUGCCCUUCACUUUUCAAAGGUGGACACACGGCCUUUCGAGUUGAGUCUGAAAAAUCCAAUUCAUAUCAACACACCUCUUCCAGACGAUUUCCAAUGUUUCUGCCGCGGAGCAGAUCUGAAAAGCGAAAUUGUCUACGAAGAUAGCGGUGUCUUCAUCGAGAACAAGUUUGUGAAUCUCAGCCAAUCGCACAGGAAAGUCCCGCCUUCCCCUAUACUAAUGUACAUUGACAGCGCUCCCUUUGGCUUGGUUCACGAGAUCAAUUAUGGCGAGGAGUCUAUGAAGGUGGUAGGCGACUUCCAUCGAUCUAUUUGCACUUCGCAGAUAAUGGCUGCUGUUUCAACCUAUGGAGACCAGCUCGGUCUUCUCAUGAAGGAUCUUACAGAAAAGAUGGAGGAUCCCGAAGAAGCUCCCUUGUACUUUGCAAGACUACAUGGUAGAGGGCCAUUCAGAUUGCAAGCUGUGGGGAAAAGGGUGAUCCUGGUCGUCACGGGACACAAGGGAGAGCUAUUCUCGUCUAUAUUCAGCGCGCCUGGCGGAUUCACGAAUCUUGUGUACACGAAACCGCUUAGAAAACUUCCUGCUGGGAUGCUCUUCUACGACGGCCAUGUUUACGACGUGUUCAUGUCUCUCUCGAAGAAGCCUGUUGUUCAGAGCACCAGAUCCAACUCGUCUACUCCUGAAGAGUGGAAACUAAACAGAUACCACAAGGUGGAACAGGACGAACGACACACACAAUAUGCCUUGAUCUACAACCAGCAUGGAGUGGUUUCUGCGCUUGUCGAUCUGAAGGAGCACAAGAUCCAAAACUUGAUGGAUACUCCAAAUGCCCCGCAAAGCUUUGGAACAUGGUCGAUACCGACACAAGCUUUUGGCACAGAGCGCCACCUGAUCUUUAUUGGCAUCUCCAAAGGUGCUGUGCGCAUUCAUAAGUACUCGGAGACAUAUUUGGCAGAUAGGUACAGGGGCCAGAAUCACAGAAGCAUGCCGAUCGGUCUGGAUGUAUUUCAUCCUGCUGAGGAGGACUCCACCGAUGUUCUUACCUAUUCAAAGUUGAAUUCCUUCGUCGACCGGUUUGCGGGUUUGAACAUUCCUUCUUGGCCCGGGGAGUGA